AUCUGGUGAUUGAAACAGCUCAGCGGCUAUUCAUUUCACUGAUUUUCCUCUGAGCAAAAGGAUUAAGGUAGUGGAGCUCUUGAAAGACCGUACAGACAGUCGGCAUCUACUGUUACUAUAUACACCCCAUACAAGCUCGCUCUCGUGAACAAAGCAAAAGAAGUAUAAAAGCAAAAUAAAGUAUAAAAACAACGAGAUGGAAUUUGACCUCACUCAUGUAAUGAUACUAUACUGCCUGGUCUUGUCCUCGGCAAUUAACGCCAUGGUUCAUCGACCAUAUUUUCCGCGAAAAGAAAAUACAGUAAACGCGAGGCAAAUCGCUGCACAAAAAUGCAAUGGUCUUCCUGAUCUAUGCGAGCUACGUAUCGAUCAAGUAACAUUUGCAGGCUGUCACAAUGCUGGAUCCGGAUUUGAUGGGCGUCUCCAUUGGUGGAGCGGCGGAGCGGCACCUUCGUGUUUCUUCCGUAACCAUGGCAAAAGUUUCUCGGAGCAGUUGGAGUAUGGUAUACGUUACUUUGACAUCGAAACCUGUUUUGGUGAAACAGAAGCUUUAAAUUGCCACUGUGGCAAGAACGUCUGUGCCUACGCAGGCUCCAUCGAAAAAGGUCUUAAACAAAUCGACAGUUGGAUGCAAUCUCAUCCAAGUGAGGUUGCAAUAAUCCACUUCAACAGCAAUGUGCAAAAAGGUUAUGAGAAGAAUAUUUCGCAAAGCAUUGAAAGCACACUGAUGAAACUGUGGCCGCCAAAUAAUUCGGGAAAGCUGGCAAUGAGUGGCUACUACAUGACCCAUGGAAACUGGCCAAAACUCAAGGACGCGAUACGACCAAACGAAAGAAUUUUAAUUUUCGUGGCUUAUGAACUAUACCAAUACAUGUCUUUACAACAUAAAUGGCUUGUGUUGAGCUUCGGGCAGAUUGUGUCAACCCGGGAUACGAAUCCAGUGAUCUCGAGCUGUUCAGGCAUAACCGAACAAGCCAAAGAGAAAUGUGGCAUCCCUGGCUCGUUUUAUACAUUCAUUGAAGUUUCGGCUUUCGGGAGUUAUGGCAAAUGUAUUUGGGACAUGGCGGAGACGUGUUCUUCCUGGUUGGGUGAAGCAGCAUUUGAAUGCUACAAUUUGAGAGAAAGGCGGGAUUUGACGGUGAAUUUCUUGCUUGUGGAUUGGGUUGAUUACUUCGCAGGCGGGGAAUCUGUCAUCAACAAGGCGAAAUUCAUGAACCAGAAGAACAUCCAAAUGUACCUGGGCAAAAGCAUCUUUUUUCCAGAACUGUCAGGUUGUGCAUAUCAUUCUAGUUCGCAUUCAAACUACUGCUGGAAGUAUUGUGCCAAGUAUGGAUGGUGUUGGAUAAAUGUAAAAUGCGGUGAGGAUCCCGAUGUUUGCAAGAAACAAGACUACCCGUGUUACUCCAGCUGCGGAUACUGACUAUAAAACAUUUACUAAUAUUUUUGUUUGCAUGUGCUCCAUUGCAUGGUUGAUAUUAUAGGAAGUCGUAGGUCAUUUUAUUGUUUAAAUCUAGUUAGCAUUAUAGCGUUAGUAAAUAAGCUCAUUAACCAUUUGAAGCGUAAUGUAAUUAGUCUAGUGAUCGUAUGUAUGUAGCCUGAGAAGAUCCUGAAAAAUAUUUCAGCACCAUCUUUUCAUAUAGGCAUUAAUAAAUGGCAUAAAAUAUGUUCUGUGGAGUGCAGUUAAUCAAGGGCGCCAGAACCACAGGGACAGCUCACAGCAGGGGCAGCUGGCGCCAACAUUGCCCUUUACUUACAAAAGUAAGCAGGGGCAGCCCUGUGUCAAUAUUUGCUACUAUGUAAGUGAUGUAACAGUACCGUACACUCAUUGUUUAAUUAUGAAGCCACUCUUAAAAUAAAAAAUAACCGGGAAUGCAGGUUCGCAGGUAUUUGUUAAAUUGCGUUUCCUCUUC